AUGGCCGACUCCAACAAGACUGGGCACUCGGGGCCUCCAACUCCUACGCCAACUGGCCGGCAGAGAGCGCCCACGAUCACACUUGACACGACUGCUGUCAAUAACAACUCGAGCAGCAACAUUGUAGAGAUUACCCAGAGUUACGACGGUCAGCAUCAACAGCAGCCUACCUAUACCCUCUCCCCCGUCUCUCCUCCAGACGACGCGGUCAGCCCCUCUACCAUGGUAGAGCCGCCCUACGGCUUCUCUCAAGGAGGACGUCCGGAACCGCGAACCGACGCAUCAUUUGAUUCCAUCAGAGACAGCAGCCGGCCGACUAGUCCUCACAAUGUCUCGACUCCCAUUGCUGCGUUGGGGGACGGAUUCUUGAACGUGCCAACAAACAAUCUAAGAUCACGGCAAAACUCAGUAGAUUCGGAGGAUGCUAGCCGCUCGUUCGUCUCGGGAGGCGAUACGACUGUCGUCGCCUCCAGCUCGACACAAACCGACAAGUACAAGACGACGCCAACAAACGACAGCAUCAUGCAUGACGACGCCGCAUUGGACCCAGACCCCGACACCGAAAAAGAUUUCUUGGUGGAAAACAACCCCUUUGCGUUCUCGCCGGGCCAGCUGAACAAGAUGUUCAACCCCAAGAGCCUUGCGGCUUUCUACAAACUUGGUGGCUUGCGCGGCUUGGAACGCGGUCUGCGGUCAGAUCGCAAGGCUGGUCUGAGCACAGAGGAGAACCUGCUAGAAGGCAGCGUUACGUUCGGCGAAGUUACUUCUAAGAAGAACGAUAAACCCAAUGGCGACGCUCUGGCACCUCCAGCACAGGCUGUCCGCGUAACAUCCCAAACGAGCCGGGAACAGCAAGGGUUUCAGGAUCGAUAUCGAAUUUUUAGAGAUAACCGGAUACCAGAGAAGAAGGGCAAGAGCUUGCUGCAGCUCAUGUGGAUCACUUUCAAUGACAAAGUGCUGAUCCUUUUGUCGAUCGCCGCCGCCAUCAGUCUCGCUGUCGGUCUCUACCAAACCUUUGGCCAGAAACACGAUGCAAACGAGCCAAAGGUCGAGUGGGUCGAGGGUGUUGCCAUUAUCGUCGCCAUUGCCAUUGUCGUCAUUGUCGGAUCGCUGAACGAUUAUCAAAAGGAGCUCCAAUUUGCAAAACUCAACAGGAAGAAACAAGACCGAAAUAUCAAGGUUGUCCGCUCUGGAGCAACGAUGGAAUUGUCUGUAUACGACGUCAUGGUUGGCGACGUGAUCCACCUUGAGCCUGGAGACAUGAUUCCUGCCGACGGAGUUUUGAUCGAGGGCUUCGACGUCAAAUGUGAUGAAUCUCAGGCAACGGGCGAAUCGGACAUCAUUCGUAAACGCGCCGCCGAUGAAGUCUAUGAGGCUAUCGAGAACCACGAAAGCCUUAAAAAGAUGGACCCCUUUAUUCAGUCCGGUGCCCGUGUCAUGGAGGGUGUCGGUACCUAUAUGGCUACGUCGACCGGUAUCUACUCUACUUACGGCAAGACUCUCAUGUCUCUCAACGAGGACCCCGACGCGACCCCCCUUCAGAACAAGCUCAACGUCAUCGCCACGUACAUUGCCAAGCUCGGUGGUGCUGCUGGUCUAUUGUUGUUCAUCGUCUUGUUCAUCGAGUUCCUCGUCCGAUUGCCCCAUGAUAACGGCACUCCGGCUCAAAAGGGACAAGAUUUCCUCAACAUUUUCAUCGUGGUUGUCACAAUCGUCGUUGUUGCCGUUCCCGAAGGCCUUCCACUCGCCGUCACGCUGGCUCUUGCUUUUGCUACCACUCGCAUGUUGAAAGACGCCAACCUGGUUCGACACUUGAAAGCUUGUGAAGUCAUGGGCAACGCGACAACAAUCUGCUCUGACAAGACUGGAACACUAACUCAGAACAAAAUGCAAGUUGUGGCCGGAACAGUGGGAGUCGACCACGAGUUUAGCAGCUCUCGCGUCCAAGACUCCGAAGAUGGCAAUAGUAAGACACCUGUCUCGGAAUUUGUCAAGAAGCUUAGCGCUCCUGUAAAGGAACUACUUUUGGACUCUAUUGCCCUGAAUUCGACAGCAUUUGAAGGCGAAAUUGAGGGAGAAAAGACAUUCAUCGGCUCCAAGACCGAGACGGCCCUUCUUCUCUUUGCCAGAGACCAUUUGGGCAUGGGGCCUGUCAGCGAACUGCGCGAAAACUCGACCACUGUACAGAUAAUCCCCUUUGAUUCGGAACGCAAAUGCAUGGGAAUCGUCAUUCGGCUUUCUAGCGGAACACACAGACUAUUUAUCAAGGGUGCCUCGGAGAUCUUGCUCGCGCAGUGCUCGCAGACUCUACGAGAUCCAUCAUUGGACGCCUCUGUAACCCCCUUGACACAGGAAGCUGGAGAUUCCAUUAGUCAGCUUAUCGUUUCUUACGCAAAACGCUCCUUACGAACCAUUGGUCUUUGCUACAGAGACUUCGAGUCUUGGCCUCCACCUGGCCUUCGUAGCGGCGAGGGCAAGGGUGAAGUCCUGUUUAACGAUUUGUUCCAGCAGAUGACGUUUGCCGGCAUGGUGGGUAUCCAGGAUCCUCUCCGAGAAGGUGUCCCCGAGGCUGUUCGGCUGUGCCAGUCGGCCGGCGUUGUCGUUCGCAUGGUUACCGGUGACAACAAGAUUACCGCCGAGGCUAUUGCCAGAGAGUGCGGAAUCCUACAGGAGGAUAGUCUGGUUAUGGAAGGCCCCGAAUUCCGCAAGUUGAGCGAUCUCAAGCAGAUGGAGAUCAUCCCCAGACUUCACGUGCUUGCGAGAUCCAGCCCCCAGGACAAGCGUAUCUUGGUCCAGCAACUCAAGGCCAUGGGAGAAACCGUGGCCGUGACUGGUGAUGGUACCAACGACGCUCCUGCUCUCAGAAAGGCCGAUGUCGGAUUUUCCAUGGGUAUCGCGGGUACUGAAGUUGCCAAGGAGGCUUCGGCAAUCAUCCUGAUGGAUGACAACUUUGCUAGUAUUGUCAAGGCUCUGAAAUGGGGCCGUGCUGUCAACGACGCUGUCAAGCGAUUCCUGCAGUUCCAGCUCACUGUCAACAUCACCGCCGUCAUUCUUACCUUUGUCACCGCCGUGUCUAGCGAGUCUGAGAAGUCCGUCCUCACCGCCGUUCAGCUGCUUUGGGUGAACUUGAUCAUGGACACGCUGGCCGCUCUCGCUCUCGCAACGGACCCCCCACAGGACAGCGUCUUGGACAGGAAGCCCGAGCCAAAGGGUUCUUCCAUCAUCUCCCCAACCAUGUGGAAAAUGAUUAUUGGACAAGCUCUGUACCAGCUCGCAAUCACGUUCCUGCUGUAUUAUGGAGGCACCCAUGUGGUUCAACCCAUUGUUGGAGGCGACGAGCUUGUUCACGAGGACAUUGAAACCCUGGUCUUUAACACCUUCGUGUGGAUGCAAAUCUUUAACCAAUGGAACAACCGACGGUUGGAUAACAAGUUCAACAUCUUUGAAGGCUUAACACGCAACUGGUUCUUCAUUGCAAUUAGCACACUCAUGAUGGGCGGCCAGAUCCUGAUUGUCUUCGUGGGUGGCGCUGCUUUCUCGAUUGCGAAGAAGGAUCAGUCUGGCGGAAUGUGGGGCAUUGCCCUUGUGCUCGGAUUCCUGUCCAUCCCCAUUGGCAUGCUCAUCCGCCUCAUCCCCGACAGCUUUGUCGUUAAGUUGGUGCCUGAGUUUUUCAAGCGGCGCUCAAAGGAGGUGCCUGGCCUGACCAUCUCCGACGAGGCAAUGAACCUGUACCCAGAGCCGUUGGUUGAGGUACGUGACGAACUUGCCUUCCUGAGGCGCAUGAAGGGAGGGCGCUUGAACAACCUCAAAAGCCAGUCUCACUCCCGGUCCAACUCCAUCAAUACGUCGAUGGAUACACAGGGCCGCGAAGACAGCUUCCCCUCGCGCGUCGCCACACCGGUAUCGCGACAACGUUCCCGGUCGGCCCGGUCGCGUUCCAACUCUGCGCUUGCACCGACGACCGUCAUGGCCGGAAUUAUGGCGGCCGGAGUGGGGAUGACGUGGUCGCCAAACGGUCGAAAACCGGAAGAAGAUGAAGUGUUUCCACUCUACGAACAGCAACAAGCAGGAACAGAAGGAAGCCCAGAGCAGGGACAAAAGCCCGCACCAGGGCACAGCAGCAGCGAGGCGCAGAAUUAG